AGAAACUAUGGCAUGCCAAGUCUGGCAUGCAAUUGCUAAGAACUUGACGCCUGGAUUUAAGAAAGACACUAUCUUUUUUGGCCACCCAGAAAUAUAGAUCAUAAGUAAUUCAGGCAAAGCAAAAAAAUAUUAAGAGGGGGUCAAUUUCUUUUUAUUGAUCCAAAAUCAAUUAUAUACUCACGUCAUACAUCAGAAAGCAAAUGGUUAAACUGUAAAAGAUGUAGAUUGCAUGUGAGAUUUGAAUAACAGCAAACAUUGAUUCUAGAUAACUAGAUUCCAAAAAUGGCAAAUUUAUGGGUUAUAUACUCUUUCCUAAUUGGAUUUGUAUUUUUCCUGAAACUGUAUUCCUACAAGUGUAUUCAAGGACUUUCAGAAUAAGCUAGCUAUUAUUUAGUGUUAAAAAGACAAGGUUGUGCAAACCAAAAGAAAUGGCCUUGACUAAGGAGAAAAAGUACGUAUGUUUUUCUGAAAUUUACAAUAGAAGCCUAGACGAUGUUAAAAUUGUCAAUAAUAUAUUUUAAAAUGAUGAUAAUAAAGCCUAAAAUUUCAGGUAACAUCCUCAGCCCCAGGAAGCAGACAACAGCAAACCACUUCAAUAUCUUUGCAAGAAAUCUGCAGGUGUAAAACCAACUAUGGGUUUACCUGUUCCAAGUGUUCGUGAAGUUCAUGAACUGCUGCUAGCUUUGCAGAAGAAUUUGGAGUGCCCAAUUUGUUUGGAGGUGAUAAAAGAGCCAGUCUCAACAAACUGUGCUCAUAACUUUUGCAGGUCCUGUGUUUUUAAACUGCUUAAACUGAAGAAAGGUGUAACACAGUGUCCACUUUGCAAUGCUAAGGUCACUAAAAGAAGUCUGAAGGAGGAUACCCGACUCAAGGAAGUAGUCAAAGAAGUUCUAGAAACCAUCCAUGCUUUCGAGUGCGAUACUGGACUGAAGUUUUCAGAUGAUUUGUGUUACCCCAAGAAAGUGAUAGAAACUGUUUCUGCUUCAACCACAUGUAAAAAUCAGCUGAUUAUUAACAGUAAGGGAUAUAGAGAUAGAUGGAAAUAUAUGAAGAAAGAAGAAAAAAGAAAUACUGAAUUGGGUGAUGGCCCCGUCUUGCCACAGUACAAUGGAAAUGAAACAAGAUACUUCCUCAGAAAGAAAAGAAAUUCUAGUAAAACUAUGGUUUUGCAAAUUGGAUCAGACUCAUCUGAAGAUAUAUUUCAGAAAGGGAACAUGGGCAGCUGUAUGGGUUUUGAAAGUCCUUCCUUCUCUCAAGUUAACCAAGACCAUAUUGUGAAUUGGAGCCAAAGCUCUUGCCAUAUAGAGCAUUCUGAACCAAGUGCCAAAAAUGAGGCAUCCUUAAAUAUCAUAGAUAUAUGUGGAGCCUUAGAAGGGAGAAAACUGGGAAGCAGAGAUGAUACUGAAACUGUCAAUGAAAACUUAAAAAUUGUUGAGGAAAACAUGACUGUCAAACAGCAAGAGGAUAUACCUUUAGAUUCCUGCAUGGAACAAUCUGGUUUUAGUGACCUACAGGAUCAUACAUCUUCCUCAUUCUGCAGGACGACACAAGUACAAUUGGCUGAUGAAGCCAUGAAUAUGAGUACAAAUGAACAGACUGAUAAUGGUGGAGAAAAGACUCUUAUUGACCAAUCUGCUGGAAAUUCAUCGGGUGUAUGUGAAAAUAAGGAAUACCAGUUACAGUCCCAGACUAUGCUUGACAUCCAUCUGAGUGAAAGUUCUGGAAAGAAAGUGAUACAGAGCAUCAAGAAAGUCAGUGAGUGGUUUUCCAAAAGCAAGGAGAUCCUUUCUUCUGAUUCACUGGUGGAUGGUUGCAGUGAAGAGCUUCUUCAGGAUGCAGAUCCAGAUUUGUCAAAUACUGAUUCCUGUAUUUCUCAGAAGACAGAACAGAUGGAAAAUCAAGAGGAAUUCGUGAAGAUAGGUGGAGAUGAAAGGCCUUCAUCUAAACUAACUGCCUCUGAAAUUGUUGACAAAAUAUUUGGAAAAACAUAUAAGAGGGAACACAUAGUGAAUCCUCCUAGAAAUGACAAUGAAACUAUGAUCCAAACAGAGGAAGAUUCCUGUAAUAUACUCCUGAGCAAGAUAUCCAUACAAAAGAGAAAGGCAAUAUUAGAUUUCAAUGAUUUCAGGAAGAGACGGAAUGUGAAAGCAAGCAAUAAGGAAUCAGUUGGGGGAAGAGAAGACUCUGUUUUGGAAAAUAGUAAUCAGGCCUUUGCUGUUGUUAAAAAAUCCCCAGCAGAUCAACCGGAAGCUGCGUUUUCAGUAAUAGCCUGUGUUGAGGAAGCAGCAUCCAAGUUGAAAGGAGAUAAAGAUAAACAAUCCCAGAGUGAUUGCUACAUGUUACCAGAAUUGAACCUAACAGAUAUGGAAAACAAAAGUAGUUAUUUGAACAAGAGAAGUAAAGAAUUAAACAAACCACUUGGAAAAAUGCAGAUAUUAAAUAAAAGCCCUAUGUUAUCUGAGGAGACAAAGGAAGAACUAGGUAUUAAGGAGCUGAGAAAAGUGAAUCAAGGCCAGAUGCAGGUCAGAUGGGACAGGGAGCUUCAAUUGUUCACAAAAGAAGCCAGGAGACAAAGUGAACCGACCAAGAGAAAAAGAAAUGUGGAUGAGAAAGAACUGAAACAAUCCAUUUCUCUUUCAGAAAGGAUGCCAUCUUCCUCUGUAACAGAAAAUGACUCCUGUGUCCUGAAGGAUAAUCAGAAGAAAGCAAAGUCUUAUUCAGAUACCAGCAUGAUUGAUAAGCAGCACCUUCGUAAUGUAGACCUGGCUUAUGCUAACCAUGAAAACUUUCGUCAUGUGAUUGGGACUGUAAAAGACAUUCUGAAUACUGAAGAGACUGCAGAGAGCCACCGUGCAAAUGCCCAAGGCAAGAGCUCAGUCUUGCAGUUUCAUCCUGGAAAGGUAGAACGAAAAGUUUACAAGGAUGAACAGGUCCUAGUGGAUCAACUUGAGAAAUAUGCAGUGUGUUCUCAAAUAAUACAAAGUGAUGGGAUUUGCACAGAUAAUUGCAAAUUCCCUAAAACCAACAAUAAAGCUAUAGGGAGUUAUGAAUUGAAUUUGGAAACUGAUGAGAGUGAACUAAAUACAAGCUUCAUGCAGAAUAUAUUUGGCUGCUGCAAACGCCAGUCAUUCUUGCUACAUCAAAGUCCAGUAAAGGAAUUGGCUAUAGAUAUUAAAUAUUUGCAAGAGUUAGGCCCUGACAAAGAGGCUAAGGAUGGAACACAUGAAGACAAAUGUGAUGUUGUUUCUUGCAAAGAAAAUAAAAGUACCUCAAUCCAAACACCAACAUCUUGUACAUCCAGUUUUUCUGAACAUAAAAAUGAAUACCUUCAGUUUUCCUGGCAAGUUCCAUUUCCUGAUUGUCCACUAAUACCUCUGCAAUCAGUUACUAGAAAUGAAGAAGCUGAAUAUCAGUCAGAAAGUAAAAAGGCAAUGGGUGAAGAGAAACAGUCUCCAGUGUUAGAGAAAAAAGUUGAAAGUCCAGAUGAUUGCAUGGGAAGUUUGAAUGUCUGGGAAAAUAGCAAUUUGCAUGAUACAAGUUUCAGCCUUAUUAAUGGGAGUACUUCUGGUUCAGUUCAUUUUCAAGAAGCAAAAUCCAAAGAUAUUGAAAACAAAAAAAUGAAACUGAAUCCUCAGACAGAAUUAAUGCAGCAACAUUCUUUAACUUCUCUACCAUUGUUACCUAGAUUCAUCCAUGAUGAAAAGAAAAAGAACCUCAUGGAAGAAAAGCAAUUAAACAAUGACACAGAAAAAGCUGUUAAUGUUUCUAGCACUGAUGGGGUUAAGAGCUUGAUUCCCAAACUGAACUUAGAAUGUACUGCAAGGGAGCAUCAGCAUUUUGAACUGCUGUCAGAGACACCAGAUAACUUGCUGGACCCACCUACCAAAAAUAAAAAGGGUUCAUCAAACCUUUGGGAUAAGAAUGACAUCUUGGCCAUGCCUACUAAAAUAGACAAGCAAACCACUAAUGUGACAGAUCUGGAUAGCAGAAACAAAUGCAGUCCCAUGUUGAAGAGUCAGGAUUUUGUGUUGACUUACCAGAAAUUGCUACAGAAGCUGCCGUCCUCAGAAGAGGAUUCCAGUGAAGAGGAAAAACUUCUUUCUUUUCAGAAACUAAUAAAUAUGCAAAGCACACAAUCAUACUCCGUGAAAGAGAAGGAGAUACCAGUAGAGAUGCUAGCAUCAAAGAGCAGCAGCAGAAGUUUCAAACACAAAAAGGAGGAUAUCUGCCAAAGCCAGGAGUCAGAAUGCUCUGUGAAUUUGUUUUCCUCCCAAUCAAAUGUAUCUGUGGUCUCUGGACAGGCUUGUAAUUCAAAGGAUUUAAUCCCAUUCUCUAAUUCCAAAGAGAAAUUGCCCAGUCUCAGUGGGAAUAACAAAGUCAUUUCACAUAGUGAUGAAGUCUCUAGUGAUACUGAGCAACUAAAAUGUGGUCAAGAAGAAUAUGCACAUUCAGAAUCCAAUUUAGGUGAAGAAAUGAUGCCCUAUGCCAGUGAAACAACCCAUCUGGAAGAUUCACUAGGUCAAUUCUCUCAGAGUGAAAUUCUCACCACACAGCAAAGGGAUGCUAUGCAAAACAACUUAAAGAAACUGCAGCAGAAGAUGGCUAUCAUUGAAGCUGUCCUCAAACAGGGAAGCCAGAAUGUUGGCCCUGAAGGAUGGUCACAGGAAGGAGAGGAAACUGAUUUCAAAAGAGACAAGACAGAAACAAGAAAGAAAAUGCACACUGUAUUGGAAAAACCAGUCUCUCCUUUGGCACAUACCACCUGCUGUAGCACAAAGCAAAGGAAUAGAAAGAAUCUACUUUGGACUGGAGGCCAAAAAAUGUCUCUGGUGGCAUCUGGGCUAAACCAGAGUGAAUUGCAACUAGUACGUAAAUUUGCCAAGAAAACAGAGAGUACUUGGUCUAAUAAAAUUACUGAAGAAACAACCCAUGUAAUAAUAAAAACAGAUGAGGAUCUGGUCUGUGAGAGAACUCUGAAAUACUUUAUAGGUAUUGCUGCACAAAAAUGGGUAUUGAGCUACCAGUGGAUUAUACAGUCACUCGAAGCAGGAAGAGUUCUUAAAGAGGAAGAUUUUGAAGUGAGAGGAGAUGUAAUUAAUGGGAAAAAUCAUCAAGGACCUAAAAGAGCAAGAGAAUCACCUGUUGGAAAGCUUUUCCAAGGAUUGGAAAUUUGCUGCUAUGGGCCAUUCACUGACAUGCUUCCAGAACAACUGGAAUGGAUUGUAGAACUCUGUGGCGCCUCCCUUGUGAAGCAACCUCACUUAUUUGCACAUGCAACAAACUCCACUGCUGUGAUAGUUAUUCAGCCUGAUGCAUGGACAGAAGAAAGCACCUGCCAAGAGCUCCCGCUGCAAUGCAGCAUUGCUGUAGUUUCACGUGAGUGGGUGCUGGACAGUGUUGCCUGCUAUCAGUGCCAAUCAUUUAAUGACUACAUCUUUCAACAGGAACCAUCUUCCAUGUCUGAAUAGUAAUGUUCUUAUAGCCCAAAUGGGAUUACAGCUUUCAAUAGUUUCUCACCUGCACUAAUAAACGAGUUUUGGGAACUGGAGAAGUAUCUAUCCUGAUUCAUCCCUCGUGGUGUCUUCCAUCAGAUUCCAAGUCCAGGAGCAAUCUCUAAUGUAUGCAUUUAUUUUCUUUAAUUUCUUUAAUUUAUCUAUUGCUUGUCAUGCCAUGUGUUUCCAGGUGGUGUACAAAAUGAGCAUACCUUUUGUACAAUUCAGUUAAGAAGUAAUAGUUGAAAUAAUAAAAUAUGUAAAUCACAUUAAAGACUGGCAGUAAGAGUCAGAAGACUAACACCUUAACAUGUUAUCAAAUAAAAAAAAAUUCUCAA